AUCCGAUGCACGGACCGCGGCGCCUCGAGGUUGUCGACAUUCAGUCCAAACAGGUGACGGUACGAUGGGAACCAUUUGGAUACAAUGUGACCCGCUGCUACAGCUACAACCUGACUGUACAGUACCGCUACAGACCUGCAGCGGCCCCCAGCAGGGAGCCGGUGAAGGAGGAGGUGGUGUACGACACUCUGAGCACCGUGCCGCAGCACGUCGUACGUAACCUUCCACCGUUCACCAACGUCAGCCUGAGACUUGUCCUGAGUAACCCCGAGGGACGCAAGGAGAGCGAGGAGCUGCUGGUGCUGACGGACGAGGACGUUCCCGGAGCCGUCCCGGUGGACUCAAUCCUCGGCAGCAGCUAUGAGCAGCAGAUCAGUCUGAGCUGGAGAGAACCGCUGCAGACCUACGGACUCAUCCGGCAGUACGAGAUCUCCUACAAAGCACUGAGCUCCUUCGACACAGAGUUCGACCUGUCCAAUCAGAGCGGCAAGGUGUUCAAACCGGCCAAUGAGACGAGCCAUGUGUUCACCGGACUCUACCCAGGCUCCACGUACUCCUUCACAAUAAGAGCGUCAACAGUUAAAGGCUUCGGACCCCCGGUCAUCACCCAGUUCACCACCAAGAUCUCAGCUCCUCUGAUGCCGGCGUACGAUCAGGAGUCUCCUCUCAAUCAGACGGACUCCUCUGUCACGGUCCUGCUGAAACCAGCUCAGAGCCGAGGAGCUCCAGUCAGUAAGUACCAGGUGGUGGUGGAGGAGGAGCGCCCCCGCAGGCAGCGCAGAGGUACUGCAGAGAUCCUGCGCUGUUAUCCGGUGCCCAUUCACUUCCAGAACGCCACGCUGCUCAACUCCCAGUACUACUUCAGCGCAGAGCUGCCGAUGAGCGAGCUGAGAGCGCCGAUGCCCUUCUGUAUCGGUGAUAACAGGACCUACAGCGGUUACUGGAACGCUCCUCUGCUGCCUCAUAAGAGUUAUGGGAUCUACUACCAGGCUGUUAGCACUGCUAACGGGGAGACAAAGAUCGACUGUGUGCGGGUGGCCACUAAAGCCGCUAUAAUCGUCACCCAGCUCACCACGCCGUACAUUCGCAUCGCGCCGGCGGCUGGCGACAAGCAGCUAACAGGAGCUGCGACCAGGAAACCAGAACCAGAACAGGAGAAACAGUCGGACCACACAGUGAAGAUCGCUGGAGGCAUCGCCGGCAUCUUGCUCUUCAUCAUCAUUUUCCUUGGAGUCAUUCUGUUGAUGAAGAAACGACGAAGAAAUUAUCACUCCUACACUUACUACCUGAAGUUGGCGAAGAAGAGGAAGGAAACUCUGAGCUCCAGACAGGAAAUGACUCUGAUGGUCAACAGCUCCCAACACACAACCAUGGUGGACACGCACACGCUGAACGGACGCACUGUGUCGUCUCCGUCCUCCUUCACCCUGAAGUCAAACACCAUCAGCACCACCGUCCCCAACUCCUACUACCCAGAUCCCUUCGUACCGACGGCCAUUCUGGUGCCCAUUAAUGACGACAGUCACACUAUGACCAGUGAAACCAGCAGCCUGGUCCAGUCCCACUACAAGCAGAGGGAGUCGGAGCGCGAGGCGCUGCCCUAUCAGACGGGUCAGCUGCAUCCGGCCAUCCGAGUGGCCGACCUGCUGCAGCACAUCACCCAGAUGAAAUGCGCCGAAGGUUACGGCUUCAAGGAGGAGUACGAGAGUUUUUUCGAGGGACAGUCAGCUCCGUGGGAUUCGGCCAAAAAGGAUGAGAACCGCAUGAAGAAUCGCUACGGAAACAUCAUCGCCUACGACCACUCCCGUGUGCGUCUGCAGCCUCAGGACGGAGAGAGCGGCUCUGACUACAUCAACGCCAACUAUGUGGACGGCUACCACAGACCCAAUCACUACAUUGCUACCCAAGGUCCCAUGCAGGAGACUGUUUACGAUUUCUGGCGGAUGAUUUGGCAGGAGAACACUGCCGCAAUCGUCAUGGUAACCAACCUGGUGGAGGUGGGGCGGGUGAAGUGCUGUAAGUACUGGCCUGACGACACGGAGAUCUACGGUGACAUGAAGGUGACGCUGAUCGAGACUCAGCUGCUGUCAGAGUACGUGAUCCGGACCUUCGCUGUGGAGAAGAGGGGCGUGGCAGAGAUCAGGGAGAUCCGUCUUCAUUUCACCGGAUGGCCCGAUCACGGUGUGCCGCUUCACGACGGCCUGCUGGGCUUCAUCCGCCGAGUCAAGGCCAAAACCCCCACUGCCGGCCCCACCGUGGUGCACUGCAGUGCGGGGGCGGGGCGUACAGGUUGUUUCAUAGUGAUCGACAUCAUGCUGGACAUGGCGGAGAGAGAGGGCGUGGUCGACAUCUACAACUGCGUCCGAGAGCUGAGAGCACGAAGGGUUAACAUGGUCCAGACUGAGGUACUCACACACAACAUAUACACAAAGACACACACACACAUCAUAUACUCCGAGAACCUGGACCACAUCUGGACCAGUACUGGGACCAGUACCAGUACUGAGAUCAUGCUGUACUGGGUCUAG